GCCCUUUCAGCUCAAGCUGACCUAGUCUAUGAAUGUUUCAGUCCAUAUUUCCGUACGUGGUGUGCCUGUGCUUCUUCUGCACAUGUGGAAUCCGACCUCAUGCCUCAGAGGAUUUGGGUUUGGACGUGAGGUCCUCUGAACCACCUUUGCAGCACACCGCCAAGAAGGAGCCAAGAGAAGCAGCAGGAUCCAUUGGGCACGUUCCAAUGAGCAAAAACAGGACCCAGGAACGGCUCAUGGCGGAGCUUCAAAGAGAGGUGGGCAGACUCGGAGACCUCGCACCAGCCCCGCGACGCACGUGCAGGGCCGAGAUGGAGGCCUUGCGGGCAAAACUGAAGCUCUGGGGACUGGACGGCAACGGCAGUCCAUGUGGAUGGCGUGGGGUCACCUGCCACGACUGUGCGGUCACACGCCUCUCCUUCUAUGGGUGGAAGAAUGGAGUUGGAGGUGACGUUGCGGCUCUACAGGAGAUGCACGAGCUCCAGUCGCUGAACCUUGCGAAAAAGAAUUUCAGCGGUGACAUUGUCGCCUUGAGGAACCUCACCAAACUCAGAUGGCUUUCGAUCUCUGGCACAAGGGUCACUGGGGAGGUGGAAUCCUUGCAAAACCUGACUUCGCUUCGGCACAUGAACGCUUGGGGGUCGCAGCUGUUCGGCAAUGUGGCAGCCUUCCAAAACAUGCAUGAGUUGAGCUACCUGCAGAUUAGCGUUUGCCAUCUCAUCGGUAGUAUUACAAGCAUCACCGGCUUGCGCAGGCUGAAGGUGUUGAAUCUUGAGCGUACCCAAGUCACUGGCCCAAUCAAGGCCUUAGAAGGGAUGGCUCAGCUGGGAAAUGUGCAGCUGCAGUAUACCAAUGUAACAGGUGACAUUUCUGCCUUGCAGCAUCUGAAACGCCUCCAUACAUUGAGACUCCAAAACACACAGAUCUUUGGAGACAUCUCAGCGUUGAAGGGCCUCUGGCUGAAGAUGCUCAAGCUUUGGAACACCAAUGUUACAGGUGAUAUCAUGGCUUUACGAAGCAUGACUCGCCUUGUCAUCGCCUACCUUGGAGACACCCAAAUCACUGGCGACGUGAGCUCCUUGAAACAUGUUACCAAGCUCAAGCAGCUGUACUUGCAACGCACUGGCAUCACCGGCCAAAUCAGCGCUUUGCAGGGCAUGAAGGACUUGCAGGAGUUACUUUUGCAGAGGACCAAGGUUCGCGGCAGCUUAGAGCUGCUGAGAAGUUUGCCCGCUCUUGUGAAGGUGGACUUGUCACAAACACAGGUCGUUGGCUGGAUAUCGUCAGAGUGGCAAGGCUGCUGCGAGCACUUGAUCCAGCUGAACCUAGCGGACAGCCAUGUCAGCCUCCCAGCCAACCAGGGGCGCAUUCGACGGUUUGACCAUACCUUGCUACCAGCAUUGCAGACAUUGGUUGUGAGCGGAUGCUCAUUGAAUGGCACAGUAUCCGACCUGCUUUUGCCCUUGGCACGGACGCCUCUGUCAAAAAUCGUCGCGUCGAGAUGUAACCUCCAUGGAGACGUGCCGCAGCUUGACGCCAUUAAAUCAGCGACGAUCGGCAGUGUGACUCUAGCAUCGUGGCGUAGCCCUUUGGCAGAUACGCUCCAAACCAUCGAUCUCUCCAACAACUACAUCACUGCUCUUGACACCCUCCCGUCAACUGUGCGAGUGGACCUGCAUGGCAACAAGGUCGCGUUGAAUGUAGGCAGAAAGGCUCUACUCCAAGCGGCAAGAGGUGUGGAGCUGAACUUGAAGAGAGUCAACCUCAGCAAUCCAACCGAAGCUCGAGAACUGCUUUCGAAAGAAAUCACUCUUGCAGAGGCCUGGACCCUGACCAAGGAGUCUGAGGGCUACGUUUGCAAAGACUUCGUGCAAGACUCCAUCCGCGUCACGCCCGAACUGUUUCUGCCGAACGAGAUGUGCAAUUGCACAAAGGGCUAUGCAGGCACAGGUACCAACUGCAGCUCUUGUCCAGCGGAUAGUUUUAGUGCCGUGAUUGGAUCGGCCAAAUGUGAGCCUUGCCCCCAGCAUGCCAGUGCACGAAAGGGGUCCACUUCGGUUGAUGCUUGUGAGUGCUCAUUUGGUGUUCUGACUGAAUGGGAAGGCUUCUGGAGUUGUCAAUGCGAACGCGGCUGGGCUUUGUCAUCGCUGAACCGCUGCACACCCUGCAGCGAGCUGAAGCUGCGCUGUGCCGUGCGUGGAAGCAUUGCCAAUGAGUCUGACACAGAGUUCGGCUUUUCCCGCUUGGAGGCUAAUGCAGAGAAGGCCUACCAAUGCUUGGAGCCAAAGCAUUGCAAGCCAUCUGGCUGUGCAGGUGGCUACGAGGGACUUCUAUGUUCUGAUUGCAAGGCUGGCUAUCGGGUGAGCAAGAGGCAAUGUGUGAAAUGCGCUGACCAUUUAGGGGAUCAGGCCAAGCACCUUGGCAUCGGAUUGCUGGUCCUCAUCCUCGCCCUCAUGGCUCUUCUAAGUCUUGGCUUCAUCUACGCCCACAGGUCGGAGUUCAGCCUCCAGAUUCGCUAUACAUGUGCGGCGCAGCUGCUUGCCUCCCAGGGGGCCGGCCUUCUGCAACUCGCGCAGCUGUGGGUCAUCCUGGCCGGCCUCUCGAGUCACCAGAGCUUACCGGUUGGGAUGAAUGUCACAGAGGUGGUACCCGAAGAGAGCGGCGACUCAUGGGUGGCCAACAUCGGAGUAUUGCAACUGAGUGCAAUGGAUUUGCAGAGUUUCCUUUCUCUUCAGUGCCAGUUGGAUGGGCGUGCAGUGCGGUCCAUGGCCGCUUUGGUGACACCACUCCUUCCACUUCUUUUGCUGGCUUGCUGCGGGUGUGUGGAAGUGUGUGCUCCUGGUGUAGGAAUCAGCAUGGCUCUGAAGGUGGUGACGGUGCUCUUCAUUGGCGGAGCGUCCGGUUCGACGCAGCUCUUGGAGUGUCAGGAAGAGGAUGGAGCAGGUCAAAGCUUGGGCCGCUUUGCCUUUCGACCACUUUUCCCUCACUUGCUGUGCUCCGAGCAGACUGAAGAAGCUGUUUGGGUGGACGCGAUUGGCCGGGUCACGGGCGUGUGCUAUGCUGUAGUCAUUCCAAGCUUGUUGGCUUUUAUUUUUGCCAAGCAGCAUGUGCUUCUGCGGCAAAGCAAGACCUUCAUCGCCCGUGCUCAAAGCUCGAAUGGAAAUGUCACGCUACAACUUUGCACUUGCGAAGGGUCGCAGCCGAUCAAGGAGAAUCUCUUGGAGAAGCGAUUGGUGGCGGCAGCAGCAGCGCAGGUCGCGCUGCAUCACGCGGGUGGGCGUGCGAGAAUCCGGCUGCGGGAGGAGAUGGUGAUUGUGAGCACGCUUGACAAGCAUGAAGAAGAUGCUGAUUUUUCAGUGGAGCAUCUCACGAAUGUGAUGUUGGAGGGUGAUGAGAAGGAAGCGCACAUCCUCAACUGCAACAGCAUUGUGCAGAUGCUGACAGAGCGGAGCAUUCUUGAUGAGAUCAAGUCGGACCGAUGGAUUCUGGGUGCGAAGCAAGUCCUAUGCAAGUAUGCAACCUGCCGAGACGUUUGGGUGGAGGUUUGCUCGAAAGUGGUCUCGGUGACUUUGGUUUCUGUUGUUGCAGCGAAAGACGGUGUGUGGCUCUCCAUCACGCUGACCUUGAGUAUGGCCUUGGUCAUUGGCAUUGUACGCCCUUUCGCCCAGUCCCAGGUGAACACCCUCCAGAGCUUUUGUUUCUUUUGUCUUUCUGUGGCUGCUGUGGGUUUCAAGCUGCUCGGUUUCAAGCUGCACAGCACAGGUGGAUGUUGCAUCCAGAUCCACAGGUGGCUGUGGUGUUCGUAGAGGCGCUUGGGUUUGCUCAAGGAUCCGUGAUCCGGGAAAAGAUAAAAACAUCAUCCUAAGCAAAACCUGGCGUAUGUUUCUUUGUUGGACGGCCAGUGCACUGAGGUGGUACUCCCCAAUGGUGGCACGCGCGGCUCUUUCAACGCCCUUCCUUUUGUUGGCACUGCAAAUGCUACGCCCGGAUUGCACAGAGACCUUAGCCCUGCGCUUGCAGAAGGCCCGGACGCAGGGGUGAGUUGACAAGUUGACAGCUAAAUUUUGUGUGUUUUUGCGAUUAUUCUCCCAACAAUUGCAGCAAAUCCCAAACGAUAAUCGCAAGGAAUUGGAAGACAAGAUCCCAAAGAUGCGAAUGGGAGAAGCAGUGGAAAUUUCUGCAGAGCAAAUCCGGUUUCUUUAAAUGGGAA